UUCGCUCUUUUAUAUUAAAUGAUGCAAAUUGCUCGAGGAAUAACCUAUUUUCAGUCAAAAAAUUAGAUUUGAGUAGAAUGAACCUUCUGAAAGAUAUCGAAUCAUUCAACAAGUCUCAUCUGAAGCACGCUGAUACCUUCGUCACAACCCCUGAUGGCAGAAGGUUGAUCGAGGGACUUGAUAGUGAUGGCAAACCAAAGGUGGCACUACUUUCGACAGGCUGCUAUGGCUUUGUCGGAGAUAUGAAGCCGGAUCUGCAGUGUGCUGAGAUUCUACCAGGGUUGUAUCUAGGUUCACAAGAUGUUGCUCAAGAGAGAGACGUCUUGGAGAAAAAUAAGAUAACGCAUAUUCUAAACGUAGCCACAGGAGUCUUAAACAUGUUCCCAAAGCGAUUCACAUACCGGAAACUGGAUAUUCUUGACUUACCCGAGACGAACAUUCUUGACUCGUUUGAUGACUGCUUCAAAUUCAUAAGCAAGGGUCGUAAAAAGGGACACGUUCUUGUUCAUUGUAAUGCUGGGGUGUCAAGGGCUGCAUCAAUUUGUAUUGGCUACGUCAUGAAGUACGAACAGAAGAAAUUCAAGGACGCGUAUGAGUUUGUGAAAUCAAAGCGUGAGCGUAUUCGACCGAAUGAUGGGUUCGUGAGUCAGCUGAAGACGUAUGAAGCCAUGUUAAAAGCAGAGCAGAAGCACUGAUACUAUAAAUCGCAAAAUGUAUUCAUAUAUUGGCUAUUGGCUGAAGCUUAGCACUGAUAGUGAUACACCUGUAGUUAGGGGACCAGUUAACAGAUUUGGGAAUGGCGGAGGGGAGGUGGGGUCUGUUGUGUAAAAAUUGUAUUGUCUAUUAUUAUUUUACUUCCCUGCUGAUUUUAACAAUAAAAGUCUAU